UCCUUUAAUUUUCAGAUGUCCCCUGCUAAGAAUAGUCUGUGGCUCUCCACGCCGCGUCUCCCCGCAAAGCAGCGCAGGUCCACAGAGAUUCGCUUCCACUCCCGCGUCUGUGCGAGCACUUGCUUCUCGUCGUGCCUUAUUCACUCCAGUAAAAGCAUUCAGAACGAUGUCGCUGGCCCCCGAUGGAGCGAUCGAGCCAAGAUCGGCUAGGCAGAGUUGGAGAGAGAAAGCGAAAAGCGAAUGAGAGGAGGAUGUGCGCGUCAUGUGCUGCAAAGGGCUGGCCGAAGAUUUCAGGACGGCGCUUCGGCAGCGCUGAAUUGAUCAGAUGCUCAUUAUAGCUCGACCUGCCAGCUGAUCGGAGGCUCUCACCACCUUCGUCGUUUUGUUUUAGAAGGCAGCUUUUCUAGAGCAUCAGCUGCCCCCCACCCCGCCCGGGUCGCCGGACUGCACGUAGCAAAGCUGAGCAAAGUCUGAUCGCAGCGUGCAGGACGGUUUUACGAACCGGGGAGAUUCUUUGGGGCGGGGAUGGUUUGCGGUCCCUCCACUGCGACCAGACUGGUGGCGGAGACCGUGAGAGCUGGUGAGAGAGCCGGGCGGCUGCUGCCGUCUGCGAAGGAUGAUCAUGCUCCGAUUUAAGUCCGUCUGCUCCCGCUUUGGAUUUGGAUGCGCGUGGAUUGCCGUACUAACAUUGGAGUGCAGAUGAUGAGCGUUGCACAGGGGAUGUCGUUUUAUAUCUGAAAACAAGUAAGCCAGAAUUUGAACAUUUUUGGCAAGAUUACGUCUUUGUUUAAAAAGGGGAACAAUCCAGGGGGAAAACAACGGGGGAAAAGGAGUAUCGCCGACUGGCACGAAGAUCCAUGAUCGUCGGAAGGCUGCAUGUGUGUAACCCGAGUGUGCGGCAGCGGUAGGCAGAAUAUGAGUGCACUGUAUCAAACAUUGCGGAUGCUUCAGAAAUAAAUAAAUAACUCAUGUCCCCCCUUUUCCUUUUUUGUGUAAAAAAAUCCGAGCGCUGCCGCAACCAUAGACAAGAUGCCCAGCUGAAAAAAUCCCGUGGACUUGGAUCCUUAUUUUUAUUUUUCAGCGUAUGAUUUAGUUAAUCACUGCUUUGGCAUCAUAUUCAUAAUUUAUACAGUUAUGAUAACCAUUGCUGUUUGAACCUCUCAGUGCUGUAUUUGAAUCCAACUUGCCCGAUUGAAAUGAUUCAAAAUUCCCAAUAUCGUGGAUCUGGAGACCAUUUGGACCAACUAGAACAUUUUUAUUAGUGUAUUUUUAGAAUAUGUUUAUGCUAGUUUUUUUAACAUAAAACCGAGCCGGAGAAGGACCGUACUACGGUAAUAGGUGGACAAGCAGCCAGCUCGCCACACGUUCCCUUUUUCACACCCAUACUUGCCCGAUUUCAUAAAUAUUUGCGGAUAUUCUCUCCAUGGGCGUCCGUCGUUCUUACUGUUUUUCUGGCAAAGACGGAACCGAAGAUCAUAUCAGUUGCAUGCUUAUUUAGUCCUGAAGCAGAUGGGAUGUAAUGUGGUGUGGCUGCGUUGACUACUCGCUACCUUCUCUGCUGCUUCGACACGACUGGCGUUUGGUGACUAGAGAAUGGCGCGGUUUGGAGAUGAGGUGCCGUCCAGGUAUGGCGGAGGACCUGGCCAGGGGGGUCCCGGCCGCGGCGGCAGUAGGCAAGGUGGCCCGCCGGGAGCCCAAAGGAUGUACAAGCAAUCGAUGGCCCAGCGAGCCCGAACCAUGGCCCUUUACAACCCGAUACCGGUGCGCCAGAACUGUUUCACAGUCAACCGGUCCCUGUUCAUCUUUAGUGAGGACAACUUCGUGAGAAAAUACGCCAAAAAGAUCACCGAAUGGCCUCCUUUUGAAUACAUGAUCCUGGCCACCAUCAUCGCCAACUGCAUUGUCCUGGCACUGGAGCAGCAUCUGCCUGACGGGGACAAGACCCCCAUGUCCGAGCGCCUGGACGACACAGAGCCCUACUUCAUCGGCAUCUUCUGCUUCGAGUCAGGCAUCAAGAUCCUGGCCCUGGGCUUUGCUUUCCAUAAGGGCUCAUACCUGCGCAACGGCUGGAACGUCAUGGACUUCGUAGUGGUGCUCACCGGAAUCUUGUCCACGGUGGGAUCCGACUUUGAUCUCCGGACGCUGCGAGCAGUGCGGGUCUUAAGGCCCCUAAAGCUGGUGUCCGGAAUUCCCAGCCUGCAGGUGGUGCUGAAGUCCAUCAUGAAAGCCAUGAUCCCCUUGCUACAGAUUGGUUUGCUGCUCUUCUUUGCCAUUCUCAUGUUUGCCAUUAUUGGUCUCGAGUUCUACAUGGGCAAGUUUCACACGACCUGCUUCGACCUUAUCACCAGAGAGAUCCGAGAGGAAUUCCCCUGUGGAAAAGAACCCCCAUCCAGAUUGUGUCCCAAUGGCACGGAGUGUCGGGGAUACUGGCUCGGUCCCAACUAUGGGAUCACCCAGUUCGACAACAUCCUGUUUGCCGUGCUCACUGUCUUCCAGUGCAUCACCAUGGAGGGCUGGACUGACCUGCUCUACUAUAGCAAUGAUGCCUCAGGAAGUGCCUAUAACUGGAUGUACUUCAUCCCCCUGAUCAUUAUCGGCUCCUUCUUCAUGCUGAACCUGGUUCUGGGAGUGUUGUCAGGGGAGUUUGCCAAGGAAAGGGAGCGGGUGGAGAACCGGAGCGAAUUUCUCAAACUACGCAGACAGCAGCAGAUUGAGCGGGAGCUUAAUGGCUACCUAGAGUGGAUUUGCAAAGCUGAGGAGGUUAUCCUGGCGGAUGAGGAUAACGACACAGAUGAUCGAAUGCCCUUUGAUGGUUCCCGGCGACGGCCCACCAUGAAGAAGAGCAAGACUGAUCUUCUUAACCCAGAGGAAGGAGAAGGUGACAUUGCCGUAGGUUCACCAUUUGCCCGGUCCAGUAUCAAGAGCUCAAAGCUAGAGGGCUCCUCCUUCAACAAGAAGGAGAGACGCCUGCGCUUCUUCAUCCGCCACAUAGUGAAGACGCAGGCCUUCUACUGGACCGUGCUGUGUCUGGUGGGCCUCAACACGCUGUGCGUGGCCGUCGUGCACUACAACCAGCCGGACCUGCUCUCCGACUUCCUCUAUUUCGCAGAGUUCAUAUUCUUGGGCAUUUUCAUGUCGGAGAUGUUGAUAAAGAUGUAUGGCCUGGGAACCCAGCCUUAUUUUCACUCGUCCUUCAACUGCUUUGACUGUAUUGUUAUCGUGGGGAGCAUAUUCGAGGUGCUCUGGGCAAUCAUCCAGCCUGGAACCUCCUUUGGCAUCAGCGUCUUACGAGCUCUCAGGCUGCUCAGGAUCUUCAAAGUAACAAAGUACUGGGCGUCUCUUCGGAACCUGGUCGUAUCUCUCCUCAACUCCAUGAAGUCCAUCAUCAGCUUGCUGUUCCUUCUGUUUCUCUUCAUCGUGGUCUUCGCUCUGCUGGGAAUGCAGCUGUUCGGCGGCCAAUUUAAUUUUGAGAGUGGCACACCUCCCACCAACUUCGAUACAUUUCCUGCAGCAAUAAUGACAGUUUUCCAGAUCCUGACAGGAGAGGACUGGAACAUGGUCAUGUAUGAUGGUAUCGAGUCUCAGGGCGGCGUGAACAAGGGCAUGGUCUUCUCCAUCUUUUUCAUUGUCCUGACACUCUUCGGCAACUACACUCUGCUCAACGUAUUCUUGGCCAUUGCUGUGGAUAACCUAGCCAACGCCCAGGAGCUGACUAAGGAUGAGCAGGAGGAGGAGGAGGCCGCCAGUCAGAAAAUCGCCCUCCAGAAAGCCAAGGAGGUUGCGGAAGUGAGCCCGCUGUCCGCAGCCAACCUGUCCAUCGCCGCAGUGACAGUAAGCACAGAGCGUGUCAACGCAGCCCAACAUUCGCUGGACUGUAAAGAACAGCAGAAGAACCACAAGGGCUCCAAGUCCGUGUGGGAACAGCGAACCAGCGAGCUACGCAGACAGACCCUCAUGACCAGCCGGGAGGCUCUUUACAACGAGCUGGACCCGGAGGACCGCUGGAAGGUGUCUUAUUCGCGCCACAUCCGGCCCGACAUGAAGACCCACCUGGACCGGCCGCUGGUGGUGGAUCCUCAGGAGAACCGCAACAACAACACAAACAAGACCAGGCCAUGUGACGAACAGGAGCAGCGCCUCGGCCAGCAGCGUGCUGAGGAGUUCACGCGCAAGCAGGCCCGCUACCAUGAGCGAGGCGGUGGAACGAGGCAGCCCUACGAAAGGGCCGACUCUACCGAGUCCCGCCGGGGCCGCAAGGAGCACGAACCGGGUCAGAACCAGCACCCCUACCCUCACCUGGACGGCCCUGACGACCGCAACCGGGACCCCCAUCGCCGGCACCAGCACCGGCCGGCGGCCGGCCGUGCCAAGGAGGGACGCAGCAUGUCCCCCCGCGGCGAAGGGGGUCCCGUGGAGCACCGGCGACCUCGCCAACACCGCCGCCCACCAGAGGACGAGGAUGGGGGAGGGGGACGAGGCAGCCGGCACAGAGGCCCACCGGGCGAGGGGGGGAACCGGAGCAGGCCGUCUGACGGUGACUGUGACCACAUGGAUGGUGGGGAUCGCAGACAGAGACGCCAUCGCCACGGUGCCCAGUCCACAUAUGACAACGACGGAAAGAGGGACCGAGACCGGGAGCGUGCCCGGCAGCACCGGGUCCGGAAAGACGGCCACGGGAAUGGACCGCAUCUGUCCACCACCCGGCCGAUUCAGCAAAGCCUGACCCGGCAGGACAGCCAAUAUAGCGAGGACAUGGACAACAUGAUGAACAGCAAGUUGGCCACGCAGCCCACCGUCACCGCCGCUCGCAACCACACCUCCCCCCAUAUCCUGUCUAAUCACAGCCCCUCGUCCCUCCCAAGUCCUGCCAAUCACGCAAGCAGCCCUGUCCUGUCCAACAGUACGCCCAAUGCUGUCAAGGCUCCCGGAAACAGCAACACAGAGAAGGCUUCUGAGAACAGCCUCAUCCUCACGAACCCAGCGUCCACCCCUACUAAGACAAGCACCAAGAAGCCGGAUCACACCACAGUGGACAUGCCACCGGUGUUCCCCUCCAACAAUGCCAUCCUGCAGGUAAAUAAGAAUGCCAACACGGAGCCGUUGCCGAAGAAGGAGGAAGAGAAGAAAGAAGAGGAGGACGAUGAUGAUAAAGGCGAUGAGAACGGACCCAAACCCAUGCCACCCUACAGUUCCAUGUUCAUCCUGUCCACCACUAACCCGUUCCGCAGGCUGUGUCACUACAUUGUGACUUUACGUUAUUUCGAGAUGUGCAUUCUGCUGGUCAUCGCCAUGAGCAGUAUUGCCCUGGCGGCAGAAGACCCUGUGCAGCCCGACUCACCCCGAAACAACGUUCUGCGGUACUUUGACUACGUCUUUACUGGCGUGUUCACAUUCGAAAUGUUAAUCAAGAUGGUGGACUUGGGCCUUGUGCUUCACCAGGGCUCCUACUUCCGGGAUCUGUGGAACAUCCUGGACUUUAUAGUGGUUAGUGGUGCCCUGGUGGCGUUCGCCUUCACAGGGAGCAGUAAGGGGAAGGACAUCAGCACGAUCAAGUCCCUGCGAGUUUUGAGGGUGCUGCGUCCACUGAAGACCAUCAAGCGGUUGCCCAAGCUGAAGGCCGUGUUCGACUGUGUGGUGAACUCUCUGAAGAACGUCCUCAACAUCCUGAUCGUCUACAUGCUCUUCAUGUUCAUCUUUGCUGUGGUGGCCGUCCAGCUGUUCAAGGGCCGCUUCUUCUACUGCACCGACGAGUCCAAGGAGUUUGAGCGCGACUGCAGGGGCGAAUACUUGGUGUAUGAGCGUGACAAUGAAGUAAGAGCUCAGAAGCGGGAGUGGAAGAAAUACGAUUUCCACUACGACAACGUGCUUUGGGCCCUGCUCACUCUCUUCACUGUGUCUACUGGAGAGGGCUGGCCGCAGGUGCUGAAACAUUCAGUGGAUGCGACUUAUGAGAAUCAGGGCCCGAGCCCGGGGUACCGGAUGGAGAUGUCCAUCUUCUACGUGGUGUAUUUCGUGGUCUUCCCCUUCUUCUUCGUCAACAUCUUUGUGGCUCUCAUCAUCAUCACAUUCCAGGAGCAAGGAGACAAGAUGAUGGAGGACUAUAGUUUGGAAAAGAAUGAGAGAGCCUGCAUCGACUUUGCCAUCAACGCCAAGCCUCUGACACGCCAUAUGCCCCAGAACAAGCAGAGCUUCCAGUACCGAAUGUGGGAGUUUGUGGUGUCGCCCCCAUUUGAAUAUACCAUCAUGGCCAUGAUCGCGCUCAACACUGUGGUGCUCAUGAUGAAGUACAACGGAGCCUCAGACGCCUACGAGAACGUUCUGAAGUACCUCAACAUUGUUUUCACUGGCCUUUUCUCUAUGGAGUGUAUUCUGAAGAUCAUUGCUUUCGGAGCACUGAACUACUUCAAGGAUGCGUGGAACAUUUUCGACUGUGUGACUGUUCUUGGCAGCAUCACGGACAUUUUGGUGACAGAGCUUGGGAACCUGAACAACUUCAUCAACCUGAGUUUUCUCAGGCUCUUCAGGGCAGCUCGCCUGAUCAAGCUGCUACGCCAAGGCGAGACCAUCCGCAUCCUGCUCUGGACCUUCGUGCAGUCUUUCAAGGCCCUGCCAUAUGUGUGCCUGCUCAUCGCCAUGCUGUUUUUCAUCUACGCCAUCAUCGGCAUGCAGCUUUUCGGAAACAUAGAGAUCAAUGAGGAUGGAGAGAGUGCCAUCAACCAGCACAACAACUUCAGGACCUUCUUCCAAGCCCUCAUGUUACUCUUCAGGAGCGCCACAGGGGAGGCGUGGCACGACAUCAUGCUCUCCUGCCUUGGGGGGAAAAUGUGCGACCCCCGCUCCGGCAACAAGGAUCCGGAGUGUGGCAGCGAGUUUGCCUACCUCUACUUCGUCUCCUUCAUCUUCCUCUGCUCCUUCCUGAUGCUGAACCUCUUUGUGGCUGUCAUCAUGGACAACUUUGAGUACCUGACCCGGGAUUCCUCCAUCCUGGGCCCUCACCACCUUGAUGAGUACGUCCGCAUUUGGGCCGAGUACGAUCCGGCUGCGUGCGGGCGCAUUCAUUAUAAGGAUAUGUACAGUUUAUUACGAGUUAUCGACCCCCCCCUGGGCUUAGGCAAGAAAUGCCCCCAUAGGGUGGCCUGCAAGAGACUGCUGCGGAUGGAUCUGCCAGUCGCUGAUGACAACAGCGUCCAUUUCAACUCCACCCUCAUGGCCUUAAUCCGCACUGCGUUAGACAUCAAGAUCGCCAAGGGUGGUGCAGACAAGCACCAGAUGGACUCUGAGCUGCGGAAGGAGAUGAUGGCAAUCUGGCCCAAUCUCUCCCAGAAGACUUUGGACCUCCUGGUCACCCCACACAAGCCUACAGACCUGACGGUGGGCAAGAUCUACGCAGCCAUGAUGAUUAUGGAGUACUACCGCCAGAGCAAAAUCAAAAGGACCCAGGCCCUCCUCGAGGAGCAGAAUCGAACGCCAUUAAUGUUUCAGCGCCUGGAGCCCCCCUCCCCAACCCAGGAAGGUGGGCAGGGAGUCAACGGUCUCCCAGAGCCACAGAUGGAUCCUACCAGCAAUUUGCCGCUGGAAGGGGGGAUGAGAGAGAGCCAGUCCUGGGUAACGGCACGGGCCCAAGAGAUGUCCCAGAAAGCUGGAAGCUGGAGUCCAGAAGGACCGCACCCGGAUGACCUUCACGGGGGCCGCCAUGAUCCACAGACGGUAGAGAUGAGAGAGAUGGGGCGGGAAGGUCACUCGGACAGUGAGCACUAUCUCCCCAUGGAAGGGCACGGGAGGGCUGCCUCCAUGCCCCGACUUCCAGCAGAUAACCACCGGAGGAAAGCAAGGCCUCGUGGGAAUAACCUCAGUACCAUCACGGAUGGCAGUCCCAUGAAGCGCUCGGCCUCAUCACUGGGCCACGGUCGCCAAGGUAAAGGCACACGGAUGGACGACUAUGCCACGGACAGGGCAAUCCCAGAGGAGGGCCCACGUCAUGGGCACCGGCGCCGGGAGCGAAGCCAUCGUACCUCAGAGCGCUCGCUGAGCCGCUACACGGACGCUGACACAGGGCUCGGAACAGACCUCAGCACCACCACGCAGUCAGGAGACUUGCCGCCUAAAGAAAAGGACCGAGACCGUGACCGCGAGCGAGACCGUGACCGCGAGCGGGACCGGGAACGUGGGCGACCCAAAGACAGGAAGCACCAUCACCAUCACCACCAUCACCACGGAUCUAUGGACAAGGAGCGCUAUGGGCAGGACAGGGGCGAGUAUGGCCACCGUCCAUCCCGGGAGAGAGAGCACCGCUGGUCCCGCUCGCCCAGUGAGGGUCGGGAGUGCAUGACACACAGACAGGGCAGUAGUUCGGUGAGUGGGAGUCCCGUCCCCUCGACCUCCGGCACCAGCACGCCCCGCCGCGGCCGCAGACAGCUGCCGCAGACCCCCGCCACGCCCCGGCCCCAUGUCACCUACUCCCCCGUGGUCCGUAAGGCUGUGGCCACACCUCCCGGCCCACAGGGCCGGCUCCCCGCCCCAAGCCCCCGCCGCUUUUCCCCGUCCGGCCCCGAGUCUCACUAUGCCCCGCCCUCUCACCACGGCUCCCCCCGCUCAGCCCGCCAUGGCCGCUGGGCGCCACCCCCCCCACCAAUGGACAGUGCUGCAGAGGGCGAUGAGCGCUUCUAUGAGCAGGACUACGAGUACGAUCGUCGCGAGCCCCCCGCCUAUGAGCCGGGCCCGACACAGGGCAACCCUCAUCCGCGGUCACCCAGGACUUCCCGCCACGCGCCCCCCCCCCAAGUCCAGCCACCACCCCGCCGCCUGCCCAACGGCUACCGCUCAUCCUCACCCUCCCCCCACCGGCACGGGGGCCACCCCGGGCCCCAUAAGCCGCCCCACGGUCGGGGUCCCCGUAAGGGCCUGCACGAACCCUACAGCGAGACCGACGAGGACGACUGGUGCUAGCCUCUGGGGAAUGGGGAGGGGGGCUUUUUUUUAGGGGGGGGGGACAAUGUCGGUCUUUUUCUUUCGCAGAGAAACGGGUGAAACGAGGGGGUUGUGGGUCUGCUCGGUGCUCAGUGCCACCAAGGAGACGCGCCGACAUGAAGACGGCGGAAACGGUGGCAUGUUUCCUUUACCGUUACUUUUCCUUACUUUCCUCUGCUGCUCAGUGUCUCCUCGGUGAGAUGGGGGGG